AUGGAGUUUAUUUCUAUUUCAGACCAUACUCCUCUAGUUGUCACCACUGAGUUGGUAGUGCCUAGAGGUAAUUCUCCAUUUAAAUUCAACAAUGCUAUUGUGGAUCAUCCAAAUUUCUCAAGAAUUGUUACAGAUGGCUGGAAGCAAAAUAUUCAUGGUUGUAGCAUGUUCAAGGUUUGUAAGAAAUUGAAAGCUCUUAAAGCUCCAUUGAAGAAUCUUUUUAAGCAGGAGUUCAACAACAUCUCUAAUCGAGUGGAGCUAGCUGAGGCUGAAUAUAACAGUGUGCUUAAUUCUCUAAAGCAAAAUCCUCAGGAUCCUUCCCUUCUUGCUCUAGCAAAUCGCACUAGAGGGCAGACCAUUAUGCUUAGAAAAACGGAGUCUAUGAAGUUUGCUCAACUCAUCAAAAACAGAUAUCUCCUACAGGCUGAUAAAUGCUCCAAAUUUUUUCAUGCUUUAAUCAAGCGCAACAAACACAGUCGAUUUAUUGCUGCCAUAAGGCUAGAGGAUGGGCAUAACACUUCCUCCCAAGAUGAAAUUGCCCUUGCUUUUGUGAAUCACUUUAGGAAUUUGUUUAGUGCUCAUGAGCUGACCCAAACUCCUUCCAUUUCAAUCUGCAACAGGGGUCCUAAGGUUUCCACCGAUUGCUUUGCGGCCUUACUUUGUCCUACUUCUAAGCAAGAGGUUUGGAACGUUAUUUUUGUGAUGGAUAACAAUAAAGCUCCUGGGCCAAAUGGUUUCAAUGUUUUAUUCUUCAAGAAGGCUUGGAAUAUCAUUGGUGAUGAUAUCUUUGCGGUAGUUAAUGAAUUCUUCACAACUGGAAAAUUUUAA